AUGUCGUCCGUGUCGUUCGAGCGAUGGUUGCUCGACCAAAACGUCAUUUACGAUGCGACUGCCAUCAAAUUCGUCGUUUCGAAUGCGACUACUCCUAACGCGACGACGAAAGUCCUCGGGAAAAGACGGAUACAUCACCGGGAAAAAAUCGUAAUUCGAAUCCCUUUCCAAGCGUGUUUCACCUUUGAAACGUCUUUGCUUUUCGCGAGGAUGAAUGAAAAAGCGAGCAAAAGAAGAUGGAAAAAGCGCCUGGAACGUGUCUUGAAGAAGCGUACUAAACAAUCGUCGAUAGUUUUGGAUUGGUUGAGCGCGUUGGCGUUGGCGCUGUGCUUUGAACGGUUUUGCAUUUCUCAAAGCGAGAGGAAACAGUUACAACAACAACAACAACAACAACGCGCUUCUUCUCAAAACGCGGAGAAGAAGAUAAAGAAGAUAAAUGAGACGAUGAAAAGCAGAUUCGAGCCGUAUUUGAAAACUUUGAACGAAUGCGAACGACACGCGAUGUGUAAUUGGGAGGAGGGAGAGAAAGAGAUGCUCUUGCGAGGCACGGAUGUUGGGAUGGAUUACGUUCGGGAUGAAAGGGAAGCGGCGAGGCGCGAGUACGAAUCGUUUCGCGCGGCGCUUUUGCCCCGGGACUUUGAAGAAGGGGAAGAAGAAGAAGACGACGACGAAGAGAAUAGUUUUGCGGAGUACUUUACGUUGGCGAGAUACCGGGGUUCGAGGUCGGUGUGUAGUUCGCGCGCGUUUCAGAUUGCUCCCGGAUUGGUUGGAUUGAUGCCGUUGGCGGAUUUGUUCAAUCACAAGUCGGUAGGGAACGACGUCGCCGUGUGCGAGGGAGACGACGAGACGACGGAGACGGUUGCCGUAUCUGUCGUGAAACAAAGUGGCGCGCAAAAAGGAGAGGAAUUAUUUAAUACCUACGGAGUGUUAUCAAACACUGAUUUAUUGAACUCGUAUGGUUUUUGCGAUAAAAACGCGCUCGACGUUGCGGCGACGGCACCGAGGAUUACCGGUUUGAGCGUUCGCCAACGGUUCUUGAUGAUGGCAAAAACAAGUAAUUUACCGGAUGCGUUCAGAGAAGACGAGGAAACGCAUACCAUUGAGGAGACCACUCGCUUAUUGCCGCCUGGACGAGAGGAUAUUCUUCGCUCGGUAUUUUUACAUCGACUGAAACUGUACCCGAGUCAAAAAGAAUUUGAACGCGCUUGCGAGGCGUACUUAUUGUCAGGAGGAGGAGAUAUAAAGAAUACCCGAGAAAACGCCGCGUCACUAAAAAGAGAACGCGUGGAACUCGCGCGGAUAUGCAGACAGUCCGAGAUGAACUGUUUAGAACGCGCGAUCGAAAAAUUGACGUCGAAAGCUGUUUUGGCGCAAGAUCGAGAGGAUGAUGCCAUGUUUAGCGUCUUCGCGUAA